AUGUCUCUUCUGAUGAGCCCAAUUUGAUUGAAAAACAGCAAUGCAGAUGAUUUCUCAGAUUCGCCUGCUGAUGACUCAGAUCGAGAUCCCGAUUAUGAGCCUGAGAAGAAGAGAAGGAAGUAUACACCUAGAUAUUUCAUGAACAGUGGUGAUACUUCUGAUAGCCAUAGGGAGCCUGUGCACGGCUCAAUUACGAAAGAGUUGAGAUUGAUCGAUUAUAAAGAGGGGUCAGAAGUUUUUCCCAACAUGCCCAUUUGGGAGUCUCAAGGAUUAUCUGUAGACGAAAUGCAGACUGCUAUUGAGACAUCAAAUCCAAUCCUUUUUGGUCAAAAGCAAACUCCAACAAAUGCAUCCGAGGACAAAAUGUAUUUUCAACUUGAAGCAAUUGACAAUAACCAUCCUAUUGUUCAACCUUCAAUUAGCGAGAUAAACUCGUAUGUGCCGAACCCGGUUCAGAACGGAUCGAAUACGGAUGGAAUGAUGAGUAUAUUAACGGAGACAAUCGAAAAAACUCAAAAUGAUGAUCAAGAUUUUUUCCUAGAGGAGCAAUCAGAGAUAUCACAAAGUCCAAUCGAGCAUCACAUACUCAAUUCAGAAGAGAUUGAUGAUAUUCCUCAGGUCGCAGCACCUGAACAGCGGAACAAGGGUUCCCCAAUACCAAAGCUGGGGGAUAUCAAAUCUGUGCAAUUUAGAAAGGGAUCAAGAAAAAUGUUUUUUAAACAAGAAUUGGAAGAUGAUGAAUUCUCAGAAGCAUCGAUCCUGAAACCGAAAUUCAAAUUGGAGUUACCAGAAACGGUCAGGUCUGACAGAGGAAUUAAUACCAAAAAGAAGGAUAUCAUUGUGAGAGAUCUAUUACCGCACAUGCCUCCCAGGAAGCAGAUAUUUUGGAUGAAUUUACCAAGUUCUGAUGAUCUAGAGGACUUGGGUAAACACAUCGAAUAA